CCCGCGGGGCGCGGGGCGGUGCCGCGCGGGCGGGCGGCGCCGAGGCGGCCGUUUCCUGUCCUGGUGCAUGGUGGGGUCGGACGGAGGAAUUGUUGGAAAAUUUCUCGGCGAGGUAGACAAUGUUAUUAGCUCAGAUAAAUCGAGACUCUCAGGGAAUGACUGAAUUUUCUGGAGGAGGAAUGGAGGCCCAGCACGUGACUCUGUGUCUAACAGAAGCUGUAGCUGUGCAAGGUGAACCUUCAGAUGGGGACAACUUAGAAAACAUGGAAGGUGUAAGUUUGCAAGCAGUUACCCUGGCUGAUGGCUCCACUGCUUACAUACAGCACAAUUCUAAAGAUGGUAAAUUAAUGGAUGGCCAAGUAAUUCAAUUAGAAGAUGGUUCUGCUGCUUAUGUUCAACAUGUACCUAUGUCUAAAAGCAGGGACAGCUUGCGCCUGGAAGAUGGACAGGCAGUUCAGCUGGAAGAUGGAACUACGGCAUUUAUUCAUCACACCUCGAAAGACAGUUAUGACCAGAGUGCAUUACAAGCUGUCCAGCUGGAGGAUGGAACCACUGCCUACAUCCACCACACGGUGCAAAUGCCACAGUCAGAUACCAUUUUAGCCAUUCAGGCUGAUGGCACAGUGGCAGGUCUUCACACAGGGGAUGCUGCCAUCGACCCAGACACCAUCAGUGCUUUGGAGCAAUAUGCAGCCAAGGUGUCUAUUGAUGGAAAUGACAGUGUCAGUGGCACAGGAAUGAUAGGUGAAAAUGAACAAGAUAAAAAAAUGCAGAUUGUCCUGCAAGGACAUGGAACAAGAGUGACUGCAAAAUCUCAGCAGACUGGAGAGAAAGCCUUUCGCUGUGACUAUGAUGGUUGUGGCAAACUGUACACAACAGCUCAUCAUCUUAAGGUGCAUGAAAGGUCACACACAGGAGACAGACCGUAUCAGUGUGAACAUCCUGGAUGUGGCAAAGCCUUUGCAACAGGGUAUGGGUUAAAAAGUCACGUUCGAACACACACGGGUGAAAAGCCUUAUCGGUGCACAGAAGAAAAUUGCACUAAAUCAUUCAAGACUUCAGGAGACCUGCAGAAACAUAUUCGAACCCACACAGGUGAAAGGCCCUUUAAGUGUCCCUUUGAAGGAUGUGGCAGGUCAUUCACAACGUCUAAUAUUAGAAAGGUUCACAUCAGGACACACACAGGCGAAAGGCCUUAUUAUUGUACAGAGCCGGGAUGUGGGAGAGCUUUUGCCAGUGCAACUAAUUAUAAGAAUCAUGUGAGAAUACACACAGGGGAGAAGCCCUACGUUUGCACAGUUCCUGGUUGUGAUAAACGUUUUACAGAGUAUUCCAGUUUAUACAAACAUCAUGUUGUACACACUCAUUCCAAACCCUACAACUGUAAUCACUGCGGGAAAACCUACAAGCAGAUUUCUACUCUUGCUAUGCACAAGCGGACAGCGCACAACGACACUGAGCCCAUUGAGGAAGAACAAGAGGCUUUCUUUGAGCCACCUCCAGGUCAAGGUGAAGAUGUUCUCAAAGGCUCCCAGAUAACCUAUGUGACAGGGGUAGAGGGAGAAGAUGUAAUUUCUGCACAGGUUGCUACAGUUACUCAGUCAGGAUUAGGUCAACAAGUGGCACUAAUAUCCCAGGAUGGAACCCAACACGUGAACAUAUCCCAGGCAGACAUGCAGGCCAUCGGCAAUACUAUCACUAUGGUGACACAAGAUGGCACCACCAUCACCGUCCCUGCCCACGACGCCGUCAUCUCUUCUGCAGGAACACAUUCCGUGGCGAUGGUUACUGCAGAGGGCACCGAAGGACAGCAGGUUGCCAUUGUGGCUCAAGACUUAGCAGCAUUUCACAGUGCCUCCUCAGAAAUGGGACAUCAGCAACACGGGCACCAUUUAGUGACUACAGAAAGCAGACCUGUUACAUUGUUGGCUACAUCCAAUGGGACACAAAUUGCAGUACAGCUUGGAGAACAACAGUCUCUGGAAGAAGCCAUUAGAAUAGCCUCCAGAAUACAGCAGGGUGAAACACCGGGGAUUGAUGAUUAACUUCUAAAACUGCUACUAGAACAAUAGAGUGAAAGCUAUUUUAUUUUCAAUCAGCAAAGGUCCAUGCCAGCAGCAAACCAUAAAAACUUUGAAGUCACCCACUCACUGAUACUAUGUACACAUUUUAUGCAAGAGUGAAGAACAUUUUCUGAGUUUUGUGUACAUAACCCUUGGAAUGGACUGACAUCAUCUACUUACAACCGUUGUAUUCAGGAAUAUGGAAUUAGGAUUAUAUAGUAAACCUUCUUGUUAUCCUUUCAUCAGAUUUCAGACUGGUCUACAAGCAAGUGAAAAAUAGAAGUAUUGGAAUUAAUUUUUAAUGUCACGUACAAAUAAUGAAGGCAUUAUUGAAGAUUUCAGAUGUUUAAAUCACCAUUUCAGGAACCCUUACAAAUAAUAAAGGCAAUAAAGCCUUUUAAAUUGCAUUCCAUCAAUGGAAAAGUCUUGGAUUUUGAGCCUACUACUGUAAAUCUUCGUAUUUUGAUUUGUUUCAUACAGAUUUGAAUACUCUUUAGAUUAUCUACCCCAUCUCAUUCAUUGUAAAUACAGACUGUUAAUGCUGGAAAUGCUAAUUAUAUUAUCUUUAAAUUGGAUUAUGUACAAAGGACAAACUGGUUGUUCAAUAUUAAAGAAAGUAAAUCUAAUGGUUUUGUUUCUUUACAUAUUUUACUUAAGAUGUUACUCUCAGAUUAUUAUGCAAUAAAUAUAGCAAGAUUGUAUUGUUUAGGUAGGAUGAUACUGUCGUGUGACGUAUUGUUUUAUUUCCUAAUGAGACUGAAGUUCAAAUUAUUUAUUUACGGCCUUGUAUAAAUUUUUCCAAAGUUUAUUUAUCAUAAACUUAAUUUUUUGACGUAUUAAUUUUGAUCAUAAUCCACUACAGUGUGUUAAGUAAUUAGUGGUAAUAGUUAUUUCAAACAUGCUAAAACACUACAAGAAUGAUUUUGACUAAAAAGUAAAGUUGCCCGUUUUCAAGAGAAAUAUUUUCAAAUGGUGCAUCUGCAGCAUAAGUAUAAGUACUAAUAGUCUAUUUUCAACAGUUCUGAAUGCCUGCUACUACCAGUCAGUACCUAGGAUAUGCUGAUAAUGAGUGCUUUUGAAAAUCAGGACACAAGUUACUAGAAAAAAGGGAUUAAUUAAUGAUGAUGUAAGUACAAUGCUAGUCUCCAGUGAUCAUUCUGUAAAGGAACAAAAAAUUUGUUGUAGAUAUGUCUUAACACAUACAGCAAAAUGUAACUUUUCUUUUUUUUUAAUAUGAAAAGGUGUUUCUACUCUUGUCUUGUUAGUAAGCUGGUUAAGCAAGUUAAAAUUUUUUGACUUCCUGUAAGUUCAGUGUUUAUUUUAGAUGAGUGUCAAGAGCACUUCUGAAACCGAAGCCUCAUUUUUUUUUUUUCCUUCUCAAAGGAAGGAUUAAACAUCCUCUGGACAAAGUCUUUAUCAAGUAAUCACAAGUGUUGUGAGAUGCACAUUCUACAUGAAAAAAUAAAGUCCAUAACUCCAUACUUUGAGGUAUUUGACCUCAAAAAGGCCAAAUUUGAAUAGAAUUAAGCAAAUUAAUUGUGAAUUACUAUAUCAGUGUGGGUUGCAGCCUUUUAUGUUUUCUAUACAGAGGCCAACUGUAAAGUACAGUGAGAGAAUACUGUACUGGUGCACAGAUGGGGACAAAGCAAAGACUAUUCUGUGGAUCAUUAGAGAGUACAACUUGGAAACAAUUAGGCUGUCUGUAACUUUUGUAUAGGAUUGAGGCUGCUUGCUCACUUAGGUGCCAGUUUUCCUGAAGUAGUGUAAAUCUUGAUAUCCCAUGGAGAUAAAUGUACUAUGCAAGGAGGAUUAAUUGCCUGUCAACUAGACCAGUUUCUUAGUACUUAUCACCUUUUAGAAAUUAAAGUUGUAUCAUUUGACAUGAA